CCAGAAUCAUCACCAGCAAGAGGCAGGUUAUCAACGGCUAUAGUAAACAUAGCGACAAACAGUGGCCAUGUGCGUGCGGCUAGGGCCUUACUCGAUAGCGGAUCCCAGUUGAAUCUAUUGAGCCAGCGGCUAUGUCGUGAGCUGAAACUGCCAGCGCGGCCGUGCAGCAUUAGGUUGACGGGAAUUGGUCAGUGCGAGGUAGGGGGUAGCGCAACGGUAACGGCAAUCGUGAGUUCCAGGAACAGCAACUAUUCAAGAGUGAUGGACUUUGUAGUGUUGGAGCACAUUACUAGUGCUAUUCUUCCAAUGCAACCGCUUGCAUUGAAAGAGCUUCCUGGUAAUUUGGUGGCGGCCGAUCCGGACAUGGAGGAUGGUGGUGAAGUUGAUGUGUUGCUGGGGUCCGAAUUCUUCUUUGAAUUUUUGGGUUUGGAUGGCGGCCGGCAGCAAAUUAUAAAAGACAACGAUGGCAGUCCACUGUUCCUGAAUACUGUUUUCGGCUGGAUUGUUACUGGUACCAAGAAGCAGAUAACAGGCGACGCUGUAACGUUUUGUUCUCAAGCCAGCUUAGAGAAACAAAUCGAAAGGUUUUGGAGCUGCGAGGAAAUCCAUACCGCAUCGAAGCUGACGCAAGAAGAAAGGGAUUGUGAGCAACAUUUCCAGCAAUUCCACUAUCGUGAAAAAGGGGGUCGAUAUGUUGUGCAGUUGCCGUUCAAGAUGGGAGGAUUGCAAAUGAUAGGCGACUCAAAACAAGCAGCAUUAAGCCGUUUCUCGCAACUUGAACGAAGGUUCAAAAGAGAUGAAAAUCUGAGAAGUGAGUAUGCAAAGGUUGUAAAGGAGUACAUAUCUCUGGGAUUUCUUGCAGAGGUUCAGGACAGGAAGGAUGAACGCUCGUUUUAUCUACCACAUCACCCCGUCAUAAAGAUGUCCAGUACAAGUACCAAAGUGAGGCCAGUGUUCGAUGGUUCAGCUAAAUCGACGUCCGGGAUUUCCCUGAAUGAUUGCCUCAUGGUUGGUGCUGUUGUGCAAGACCCGCUAUUCGAUUUGAUAUUGAGGUUUCGUGUGAAUUCAAUAGCACUUGUAGCCGACAUCGAAAAGAUGUACCUUCAAGUAAAGGUGCAUCAGGAACACACGCCAUAUCAGCGAAUUCUGUGGCGAUUCUCAGAAGAAGAACCUAUAAGAGUAUACGAAUUGCAACGAGUUACGUUUGGACUUGGUCCUUCAUCAUUUCUUGCAACAAGAGUACUACAGCAAUUGGCUGAAGAUGAAGGUGAAUUGCUGCCUCUCGGAAAGCGGGCUCUGCUUGAAGACUUUUAUGUGGACGAUUUUAUAGGAGGUGCUAACGAUGAAGAUCAAGCAUCGCUGCUUGUACAAGAACUGCGUUUGUUACUCCAGAAGGGAGGAUUCGUCUUAAAGAAAUGGAUUUCGAAUCGGCCACGUGUCCUGAGUGCGUUACCUUCCAGCGAAAAGGCUGUUUUAGAUUCCAUAGAUUUGGGAGCAGAAAACCAGUUUAAGGCGUUGGGCGUUUGUUGGAGCCCAGCAACGGACGAGCUUAGUAUUGCAGUAAAAGGAAUUGUGUCAUCGAAUGAGAUGUUUACCAAGCGGAAAAUAUAUUCGUUGAUUGCGCAGCUGUUUGAUCCGCUCGGAAUAAUCGGACCGAUUAUAGUGUGGGCAAAAAUAAGAAUGCAGCACCUAUGGAUAGCUAAAAACGAUUGGGAUGAUCCUGUAACGGAAGAAGUCAACAGAACGUGGAGCCAAUUUAGAGAGCAAUUGUAUCUGCUAACCAGCAUUAAGACAGCUAUUCAAGAAAACGUCUGUAAGAAAGGAAUAACGUGGCACUUUAUUCCACCAAGAGCUCCUAACUUCGGCGGCCUCUGGGAGGCUGCUGUUAAAUCAGCGAAGAGGACCCUGUUUAAAGUGUUGGGAUGCAGACAACUGACUUUUCAAGAAAUGGCUACUGUGUUGGUCCAGAUCGAGGCUCAAAUGAACUCACGUCCCUUAACGCCAUUGUCUGAUGACCCUGAAGAGCUGGAUGUCCUUACGCCGGGUCAUUUCCUGAUCGGCCAACCCAUACUGGCGUUACCCGAUGUGGACCGUUGUGAGGUGCCUUCGAACCGUUUAACGGGAUACGAACAGCUGCAGCAGUUGGUCCAGCAUCACUGGCGGAGGUGGCGCACCGAAUACUUGUCGGAACUCCAUAAUGAAUCACAGCAUGUACCCCGGGUUGAACGUUUAAAAAUUGGGCAAAUGGUCAUUUUGAAGGAACAAGACAAGCUAAGCAAUGAAUGGUAUCUAGGCAGGAUUGUGGGUGUACAUCCUGGUAAGGAUGACGUGGUUAGAGUAGUAUCGAUCAAAACCGCCAAAGGAAUCUACAAGAGACCUUCCUCCAAAAUCUGUUUAUUGCCAUUCGAGAAAGAAUUAUGAUGUAAAUAAUUGCUUUGAAAUUAACUUCACGAAUUUGAUUAGGAUUGUUUUGCUAAGGAGUCGUUAAUUAAAAAGAUAGAUUUUUAAGGCGGCCGGUAUGUUUGGAUUUUUUUGGUACGGACUAGGCGUUAUAGAAUUAGAAUUCUGCGAAAAAUAAUAGCGGUUUGCGAAGCAGGUACGAGGCUUGCGGCAACGUACGAAAUCAGUUGCACAGUAGAUACGAGGCUUGCGGCAACGUACGAAUUCAGUUGCAACGCAGAAGCGAGUCGAACAGGACGUCGAAGAGUGAAAUAAAAUAAAACAAGUUGCACAACGUAGGGGCUCUGUUGUUCUCACCUAUUAUUUUACAAACACA